GUGGAGCCAGAGGUGGUGGAGCAGCCCCAGGCACCAAGGCUGGAGCCAGAGCUGCCAAAUGGCAUGGAGAAGGUCCAAGUGAGGGAACCGGAGAGAAAGAGUAAGCUGAACAUCGAGGAGCUGAACAGGAUUGAGGAUGAGGAUGUUCUGGAUAAGAUGCUGGAUCGGACAAUGGACUUUGAGGAGCGGCGACUGAUCCGAAACGCCAUGCGGGAGCUGCGCCAGCGCAAGCGAGACCAGCGGGAGAAAGAGCGGGACCAGCGGCUGCAGGAGAUGAGAAGCCAGGCUAUGGCAGGAAGGGCUGGCCAUGCCACAGAGACCACCACCACCACACAGAGCACCCAGUCGGCAGACGGCUCGGCACGCAGCACCGUCACCAAGACUGAGCGUCUCAUCCAGUCCAGUGAUGGCACCAAGACCGCCCGUACCACAACCAUGGAGUCAAGUUACGUGAAGAGAUCGGACAAUGGUGACAGCACAUUCGUUCAAACCAAAUCAUCCUAUAGCUCCUCUUCCAAGAAGAUGGGCAGCAUCUUUGACCGUGAAGACGAGAGUGCCUCCAGGCAGAGCAGCCUGGCCGCGCUGGAGCGGCGCCAGGCUGAGAAGAAGAAGGAGUUGAUGAAAGCUCAGAGCCUGCCCAAGACAUCGGCCUCACAGGCUCGCAAGGCCAUGAUGGAGAAGCUGCAGAAGGAGGGUGGGAGCUCGCCAAACCCCGUGGCAGCACGCACCACCGUGCAGCGCUCCUCUAGCUUUGGUGUGCCCAACGCCAACAGCAUCAAGCAGAUGUUGCUGGACUGGUGUAGAGCCAAGACCCGGGGCUACGAGCAUGUGGACAUCCAGAACUUCUCGUCCAGUUGGAGCGAUGGCAUGGCGUUCUGCGCCUUGGUCCACAACUUCUUCCCUGAGGCAUUUGACUACAGCCAGCUGACGCCCCAGAACCGCCGCCACAACUUCGAGGUCGCCUUCUCCUCCGCAGA